UGAAUGUCNUUGCUACCUAUACCAAACUGCCACCUCACUUGUCCCCCGUCAUCUUCAUCUCUACUCAAAAAGUCCUUCCACACACCCCCACCCUACCUGCGUGUAAUUUUCUAAAAGCAUCUCUGAAAAUGGCUGGCGUCGACUCCGCUAAUCCUGUCCCCCCGCCGCGCCCGGCCUUCCAUGGCAUCGGAAUUAGGGUGGAUGAUUUGAAGCGUUUAAACGUCGGCCAGCUGUCGCAGUCGGAACUUCAAGCCCUAUCCUCAUGUUCCGGCUCCGCCUUCGACGUCCGCCGUACGGACGACGUCGUUUCCCCGCAGCUCGACCGGUCAGUCUUCAACGAGUCCGCCGGCAGCCGUCGCCAGACCUAUUCCCGCCUCCAUCACCGCUCGCACUCACGCCUCCCGGGUCCCCACCACUCCCUCAAACCCCACCGCCAACCACAGCCUUCGUCCGACCCGGUGACACACUCUAUCGUCCAUUUCCUCAAACACUUCCUCAACGGAAACUACAGUCCGCCACCUCCUCCACCGCCACCGCUGCAUGAACAUCCGGAAGCUGAGGCGGCUCCGAUCGGCGACUUAGGGUAUCUAGGGUUACAGGGGAACUCGAAAAUUAAGCGGAAGAGGAUGAGGAGCGGAAAAAUAAUGAGUGAAAAGAAGCUUCUGGAAAAUGGUGUGGGAGUGGAGCUGCAGGGGGUUAAUGGCAGAGGUGAGGUGGUGGAUUUGGUGGAGUUGGAGGAGAAAGGGGAUGAGCUAUACAGUGAAGAAUUGAGGAGAAGGACUGUAGGGUUGGAGACUGAGGAGGAUGUUUUGGGGUUUUUGAGUGGUUUGGAAGGGCAGUGGUGUAGCAGGAGGAAGAAGAGGAAGUAUGUAGAUGCUGGUAUGUUUGGAUAUGUACUGCCGAUUGGCUGGAAACUCUUGCUUGGACUUAGGAGACGUGAUUACCGUUUUUCUGUUUAUUGCCGCCGAUGUAUAAGCCCCACUGGACAACAAUUUCUGUCAUGCAAAGAGGCAGCUUCUUUUUUGAAGUCAUAUUUUGCUGGUAAUGACACAGAACAACAAAGGGAGCAAAAGACCUGCAGCAUUCAGCAAGCCUAUGUCUUGUCUUCCGGGAAGGAUGAACUGCCUGCUGAUAAGACGGAUGAUAUGGCCCAUGGUGAAAUAUCCCAUUCAGCUCUUGUCAUAGAUGCUUCCAAUUCAGUUGACAUUGAAGAUUACUUGAUGGGCAUAGAUAACCUCCCCGAAGUUCAAGUUAAGGAUAUUUUUGAGUGCUUCAAAUGCAACCUCGCAUUUGAUGAGAAGAAUUUAUAUUUGCAGCAUCUUUUUUCGUUCCACCAGAAUACUACGAAGAGGUACAAGUUUGGGACGCCUGUUGGAGAGGAUGUGAUCAUUAAAGAUGGGAAAUACGAAUGCCAGUUCUGUCAAAAGGUCUUUGAUGAAAGGCAUAUUUUUAACAGCCAUGUGGGGGUUCAUGUGAGGAACUCCGGAAAACAUCCUGAUGAAUUAGCCCUUGCUGUGAAUAUCCUACAAAAAGACAAACCUCAAGCGCUGGAUGCAGUUCCCUCAGGGUCAUCGAAUAUGAAUGUCUCAACUGAAAUCGCUCAGAAUUCGACUUUCGAGCCUUCCAGUAUUGUCACUCAUGAACAAGCCACAGCUGAUCAAUCUGUAAAUCUACUGCAAAUCGAAGAAGUUCGUGUGGACUCCACUGAACCUGCCAAAAUUCAGGAGGAAGAUCACUGUGGUGACCUGACUGUGACUGAAGACUUGAGUCACGGUAAUAAAAUCAUGAUGGAAGAUCACAGCAUGACUGAGAAUGAUUUUUCAUGGGAUGCGAAUGUUAAGAUAGAUGCUGGUUGCAUAAAUAACUCAGAGGCAGCGAGGUCGGGUGAAAACAUCGAUAAGUAUGAACACUGUAGUUUGGAUAUGGGUGAUGGAGACAGAUGUUUGAAGCCCAAUGAUGCUCAUCUGGAAGAUAUACCUGGGUUAACUGUGGGAGAUAUUGAUUUCCAGGACGCAGUUUCCUCCGAGCCCUUGGCCCAAUCAUUUCAAUUUUUCCCCACCUUCGAUUCUGGGUCAAAUAAGAGAGCGCAUGAUUUUUCAGUAGUUGAUCAGAAGCUUGACAAUGUUUCGGGGUUUCAAGAGCUGAGGUUUGAAGAUUUAGAUCCUUUUAAAUACGGUUUUGAAAACGGACAAGAGUUGCCGUCCUUGCCAGGCGAGCACAUGAAUUUGGGGAAUGGCAGUGGGGUAGUAGACGGAUUUGAUUCAUCUGUUGCAUUCGGUUCAGACGAAGUUGUGAUGAACACGGUGGACAUAAAUAAGCUGACUGUGUGUGUGUGGUGUAGAGCAGAGUUCAGACUCGAGGGUAUUGAAUCAGAAACUCCAUCAGAUACUAUAGGCUACAUGUGCCCUAUGUGCAAGGCUAAGAUAUCGGGACACUUUGGCGGUGGUGGGCUGUCAAUGGAUCCCAGUGAUUUCUGAUUGCUGUGUGGUAUCACAUUCUUUCGCGCAGAGCAUUGCAGCUAUGGUUCUUUUGAGGAGACAAGUUCAAGAUGCUACGGGAUAAAGUGUCUAUACUGCCUCGUUGGAAUAUCGACUGUCUCUAUUGGAGUGUAUGUAUAUUAAGGUUAUGUUACUUAUGAGACUGCUAACCUGACCAUUUCUUUAUAUUAAAUUAUUAACCCGUCCGACAAGUGAGUGGAUUACGUGUUGCCUGUGCUUGAAAGCAGACUCUCCUAUCAUCUGUAUAUAUAUGUCUAAUACAUGCCCUGUGUUCAUGAUAUUUCAUGCCAUCUGUAUGUUGACUUCAUUGUAAAUGCCUGGUUAUACUUGAUGAUUGUGCACUAGAGGCAUUGUGGCAAGUUUUUGAUUUUCCGGCAAAUGGCGUAAUCACAUGAGUUGCCAACGAUUGAUUACAUUUUAUACCUCAGCUGUGGUUGGGUGUUGUAAGGCGUGUCAGCUGUUACCGUCUUGCCUGACUUGGAAAUUUCAUUGGUGAAUGUAACAUUGGGAAGUUUAGUUAGG